AUGUUCCCCGCACAGGACGCUCUGCCCCGCGGUGGGCUCCAUCUGAAAGAGGAGCCGCUGCUGCCCUCCAGCCUGGGCUCGGUGCGCUCCUGGAUGCAGAGCGCGGGCAUCCUGGACUCCAGCACCGCGGCGCAGAGUGGCGUGGGCCUGGCAAGAGCACAUUUUGAAAAGCAGCCCCCCUCCAACCUCAGGAAGUCCAACUUCUUCCACUUCGUGCUGGCCAUGUACGACCGGCAGGGGCAGCCCGUGGAGGUGGAGCGAACAGCCUUCAUCGACUUCGUGGAAAAGGAUCGAGAGCCUGGGACAGAAAAGACGAACAAUGGGAUCCAUUACCGCCUUCGGCUGGUAUAUAACAACGGACUUCGGACAGAGCAAGACCUCUAUGUGCGUCUCAUUGACUCCAUGUCGAAGCAGGCUAUCACCUAUGAGGGACAGGACAAGAAUCCCGAAAUGUGCCGAGUGCUGCUCACUCACGAGAUCAUGUGCAGUCGGUGCUGUGACCGCAAGAGCUGUGGUAACCGGAAUGAGACACCUUCAGAUCCAGUCAUUAUUGACAGGUUCUUCCUCAAAUUCUUUCUCAAAUGUAACCAGAACUGCUUGAAGAACGCAGGGAAUCCCCGAGACAUGCGCCGCUUCCAGGUGGUGGUGUCCACAACAGUGAGUGUGGAUGGACAUGUGCUGGCCGUGUCUGACAACAUGUUUGUGCACAACAACUCCAAACAUGGCCGCAGGGCCCGACGCCUGGACCCUUCUGAAGGUCAGGACUCCCGGCCCAGCCCUGGCCAACCUCAGUCUCCACCUUGGUGCAGUCCCCUGACCUGGGUCCUCUCCUACCUCCCAGCUGCCACUCCCUGCAUCAAGGCCAUCAGCCCCGGGGAGGGCUGGACCACGGGCGGCGCCACCGUCAUUAUCAUCGGCGACAACUUCUUCGACGGGUUGCAGGUCGUGUUUGGCAACGUGCUCCUGUGGAGCGAGCUCAUCACUCCCCACGCUAUCCGGGUGCAGACACCACCACGACAUAUCCCUGGGGUAGUAGAAGUGACCCUCUCCUACAAGUCCAAGCAGUUUUGUAAAGGAGCUCCUGGCCGCUUCGUCUACACAGCCCUGAAUGAGCCUACCAUUGACUACGGAUUCCAGAGGCUACAAAAAGUCAUUCCCAGACACCCGGGGGACCCUGAGAGGCUGCCCAAGGAAGUACUGCUGAAACGGGCGGCCGACUUGGCGGAGGCCCUGUACGGAGUGCCCAGCAGUAACCAGGAGCUCCUCCUGAAGCGUGCGGCGGCGGACGUGGCCGAGGCUCUGUACAGCGCCCCGCGCGCACCCGCACCCCUCGGACCCCUGGCCCCCAGCCACCCACACCCCACCGUCGUGGGCAUCAACGCCUUCAGCAGCCCCCUGGCCAUCGCCGUCGGGGAUGCCACACCGGAGCCGGGCUAUGCCCGCAGCUGCGGCAGCGCGUCGCCCCGGUUCGCGCCCAGCCCGGGCUCUCAGCAGAGCAGCUACGGCAGUGGCCUUGGAGCUGGCCUGGGCAGCUACGGGGCGCCGGGUGUGACUGGCCUCGGCGUGCCCGGCUCCCCUAGCUUCCUCAAUGGCUCCACCGCAACCUCACCUUUCGCCACCCUCCCAUGAUUGUGAAGCCGCCCUUAAUUAGGGGGACCUGUGCUGAAAGCUGGUGGACAGCAACCUUUUGGUCCUUCGCCGGGACUUCGGGAGGAGGCUGGCGGCCCCUGCUGGAAGCCUAAGGAAACUCUAGAGACUCGGGCUUCCAGCGCCCCGCAGUUCCCGGGAUGUGUGGCUCCGGGUUAGCAGCACUUCCUCGGGCAGGGCGGGAAACUGUGGGACCGAGUGGCGGCCCCUAGGGGUGUGGCGGGGCUCUGGAGGAGCUCCCUUACCCCCUCACCCACAGGAUAGGGUGUCCUGUCCUUCUGAGUACCUUGGGCAGUCUCUCAGGUUCUCCCAGAUGGUUCAGACAAAACGAGAGAAUUCCCUCUGAUCAGAACCUGAUUGAGUGUCUUAGCCAGGAGCUGUGGGACAUUCAACAAGUUGCACCUAUGAAUUUAAGUCCCCUUCAGUGAAACAGGAUCACUACAACCCCGGCCUCAGGUAGCUAGAAACCCAGACAAAAUUUAGAAAGAAUGUAUGAUUUUGUAGGCACUGGCUUGGCACCUUGGGUUAAGGCAGCUCCCUGAUGGAUGGACAGUGUGGAUUUAUGUGCUUCAUCAUUUCACACGGCCUGUCAGUCCCUUGCAAUACCAAUGGCUACCUGGCAGGUACUUAGAACCCACAUGGUGAGAAAGCACUAGGUUUGGGGGACUCUGUCCACAUUUUUCUCACCAGCAAAACCAUCUCUACCAGUCACAAGAGACCAUGUCCCUCAAGGCCCGGGACACUGCUGAAUCUGAGAAAUAGAGACAUCUGCCCGAGAAGGAGCUUGUUGUGGCUUUACCUGGAGUCCCUCACUUCUGCCUCCCCAUCCCCCUGUUUUUCAUUACCUAAAAUAACUGUCUAGCCACCUACCUAGCUUUCCUCACCUGGGGUGCUGUUCUUACUGACUACAAAUCUGGCCUGCCAUUUUCCUUUGACCUUGACUUAACUUGUGGAACCCAGCAUCCCUCCAAGCCAGAGUCCACACAGGCUGUAGCCUUCUUGUAUCCCUCCCAAGGCCAGUCUCUCCUGGCACUUAGUCAGGUUCCACUGCUCCAAUCCCUUCAGCUCCAAGACAGCGGCCUCACAGCCUUUUUCUGGGUUCCCCUUGUGUUUAACUCUCUCACCCUUCCCCAAGUACACAACAGUACUGUCAGCCGUGAAAGAAGCUGCCCCCGUGCACAGUCUAUCCUGGGUCACCCUAGUCAACCAGAUCAGAACUUCUGGAGUCACUUACACCCUACUACACCAUUGGCAGGGACACUCGGGACUCUACCCAGACCUGUUCCCAUCUCAGAAUAUUCUUACUCAGGUCCACAUCUGUUCCCCUGAGUGCAGGAUGCCUUGUGACACAGUUGCAGAGGGAGUCAAUCUCAUUGAGUUUGCCAAGGUGUCCCUAAAACGUCAUUGGACCUGACCUAGCCAGAGGGUCUAGGGCUGCCGGUGUCUCUGUUUGGUCUAUGGUAUUAGUUAUUAGCAAGUCUAGAACUCCAUAACUCUGCAAAAUGUGGCUGUUAGUUCUCCGGGCCUUAGCAGAUACCACAUAUAUUUUUUUAUCAUGAUGCUAAGCACUCCAUAAUGGCCAUGGCUUUACCAGCUAGCACUGUGCAUUUUCUCCAGGGAGAUGGUGACCACUGGUGACCACGGGCUAAGGACAUUGAGACUAGGUUAGCUAUUGCAGUCAUUUUUGUGCCAAAAGUCGGUGAAUGGGUGUUGUAAUGUCAAAGGCCACAGGUAUCUUCCAAGAUGUCUGCUGUCCGUUGCCUGCUGGAUGGAGAAGAUUAAAAAUCCUGUGUGCUGGUCUUUAGAAGAGAGACGCAGGGAAAUGGGUUCAGAUGAGGGCAGAGAAAGGUGGAACUGAGAUGCUCUACACAGGAGCCCUUGCAGAUACGAGAGGCUCCUGGGGUCCAGCCUGGAGAUGACAGGGCCUUGAAACUAAAGUGGGAAGAAAUGGUGCCCAGA